ACAUUCAGACGUUUCAGAGAGCUUCUUUCUAUGACAAUGUGUCGGGGCUCCAGGAAGCUCCAGUGGACCGGAUCGUGGGUCUGGACCAGGUUUCGGGGAUGAACGAGACGGCGUUCGGUGCCGCCUAUAAGACCAAGAAGGGGAUGUUCCGGACCGUGGGUCAGCUGUACAAGGAGCAGCUGUCCAAGCUCAUGGCCACGCUGAGGAACACCAACCCAAACUUCGUCCGCUGCAUCAUCCCCAACCACGAGAAGAGGGUGAGACCGGAGAUCCUCACAGAGACACAAAGUGGAAGAUUUAUAGUCAUUUGCAUUAAAUUCGUUUUUGGCAACGACUAUUUGAAGUCCCUCCAGUAUAGAAUGCUGAUAUUCAACCCGUGCACACAAGGCUCAAAACCACAGAAGAGCCUGUUGGAGACGAAUGUGGGCUGUGGAAUAUAA